CGUUGUUCUGCUCUUCCGGGUCCUCCUGACCUCAGAAUCAAUGUGAGGACAGCAAGCAGCUGCGGCUCCCAGAUCCCGCAGGAUGAAGAGGGCUCCGCUGCUUCUGUUCCUGGCCUGGCUCGCUGUCUCCUUCUAUUCCGGUAUUUGGCUUUUCAUGAGUGGAUUUCUUCUCAUGAGAAUUGAGCUCAGCAACCAGAGCCGCUGUUCUGAGCCCCCGUCUCCUGCUCCUAACCUCCAGGACGCCCCCUGCUGGUUCCCACAGAGGUUUCAGAAGGCCGUGGUAGUCAUUAUCGAUGCUCUCAAAUACGACUUUGCCAAAUACAACCCUGCAAACGACAACCCAAAACCUUACGAGAACAAGCUAGGCGUGAUCCACCAGCUCACCACAUCACAGCCACAACAUGCCAGGCUGUACCCUUUCCGGGCUGACCCUCCAACCACCACCAUGCAGAGGAUCAAAGGCUUCACCACUGGUUCCCUGCCAACCUUUGUGGACGUGGGCAGCAACUUUGCCAGUUAUGCCAUCCAGGAGGACAACUUGAUCCAUCAGAUGGUACAAAACGGCAAGAGAGUGGUGUUCAUGGGGGACGACACCUGGGACGGACUCUUCCCCAAGAAGUUCUACAAGUCUUACUUCUUCCCAUCCUUCAAUGUAAAGGACCUCCAUACUGUGGACGACGGGAUCCUGCAGCAUCUGUACCCAACCGUGGACGGAGAGGACUGGGAUGUGGUCAUUGCCCAUUUUCUUGGUGUUGAUCAUUGUGGGCACAAGCAUGGUCCAGACCACCCAGAGACUGCCAAGAAACUGAUGCAGAUGAAUCAAGUUAUCACCUCACUUGUAGAACAUCUGGAUGAUAAGACCCUACUGGUGGUGGCAGGAGACCAUGGAAUGACAGACACCGGAGAUCAUGGAGGAGACAGCGAGAAGGAAGUGACUGCGGCGCUCUUCUUGUACAGCAAGGCUCCGCUGUUUGCUGACUGGCUGCAGACGGACCCUCCUGCUGUUCCUCAAGUGAACUUGGUCCCGAGUCUGUCACUGCUCCUAGGCCUCCCCAUCCCAUACAGUAACCUGGGGGCUAUUAUUGAUGACCUCUUUGGGUGGCCUGAAGAUAAAUUAUCAGCUCUGCUGUCAAAGACAAGUGCUUACCACCUCAACAGCCAGCAGGUGGCUCGCUACUUGGACUCCUAUUCCCGGGCCGCUGGUGACCUGCCUGCUGAGAAGCUGAGGGUUCUUGCGGAUCUGUUCUCCUCGCUGACUGCAGAAUUUGAGCAGCUUAUGUCACAGCGGGAGCAGCAGUCUGAGGAAGAGCUGGACGCUCAUCUGAAGAACAUUAUACAAGGGCUCCAGAGCUACCUGAACCAAGCCCGGGCUGUUUGCAUGGAGUCCUGGGCUCGCUUCCACCCUUUGCAUAUGAUCAUGGGCUGCAUCAUGCUGCUCACCUCCUGUUUCCUGUGUUACAUAAUUGCGGAGGCUGGAUCAGCCUUAACUUUGCCUUACAAGCACCUGCUGGGAUAUCCUUUUCUCUUUACUGUAUUGGUCACUGCCCCGCUGGUCCUGGCAGUAUGGACGUCUGUGGUGGUACUCGACCUAGUAACUCUCUGUGCUGCAGCCACUGUUGUCUCGCAGAUCAGUUUCUACUUCAAUUUUCGGACACAGAAGUGUUCACAGAUGACAUGGCGGCCCCGUCCUGUGUAUCUUUUACUAUCCGGACCCUGUGCUGUGCUCUUAUUUCGCUGCUGUUCUUUGUUUUCAGACAGCUAUGUGGUCGCAGAGGGGAAAGUGGCCCCUUUCCUUCUCCUGUCUCUGCUUACAGUGACUGUGGUCAAACUACAUUGGGAUGGUAAACUGAUGCUCCCUACGUUUACCCCUCUGGGAAGCGAGUCCUUGAAACCCUCCCUGACCCCAGCUUACAGGAAGGAUGGCACUUGGCUUGUGUGGCUACUGGCCGCACUGGGGAUUUGCCUUCGUCUUUCUGGACUCUUCCAUAAUUGCCGGGAAGAGACUCCAGAUUGUCAGCCCUCGUCCCUCCUGUCUCCUCUCUCUAGUGUUCGGGACCCUGAGCUGAAGAACCUCUUUUAUGUUUGCUGCGUCGUGUGUAUUGGGUUCAUUGUGUUCCUCAUCAGGAAGUGGCUGCAACAUUAUGGAAACCUCAACAGCACCUCUCCGCUGGUGCUCUACGUCCGCUGGGGCUUCCCUCUUAUUGUUUUAGGAGUCGCUUGCUACUGGGCCCUGAGCUCAGGUACAGAAGAUGGUUUUGCACAGCUGAAGGAGCUCACUGACCUCGCUCUUGUUUCCUGUCCCAGAGCCAUCUACACAUUGGCCGCACUGGGCCUCCUGCUGGUUCUGUGGAACCCUAUAACCGUCUUCAUGAAGAGCCGGGUCUCGGAGGUGGACAGCACAGUGACUACUUACCAUGGAGCACCCGGCUCUGCGGCUGAACUACAACAUGUGAUCCCACAGAUCUACAGGACAAUGCAGCGCACGUUGAAGAGCCGUCUUCAACAUGGAGUCGAGGGAGGGGACAGGAAGAAGGGAGCAGCUGUGGAGGCCUAUGGUCUAGGCAGCGUCUACUCUGCCGCAAUGGUUAUCACUCUUUCCAUUCUUACCUUGGUUCUGAUAUUGCUGCACAGUGAGCGGUUGACCCCGGCAUUCCUGCUGCUCUUACUAGAGGCCUUCAUCAUCCUGCACAUCCAUGGAUACAUCGCUAACAUUUACGGUGACGGUGUCGAAUUAUUUAGUGUCCCCUGGUACGCAGUUCUGGCGUGGUCUCUUGCCGCCUCUAAAAACUUCUACUCCACCGGUCACCAACCAGUAUUUCCGGCCAUCCACUGGAACUCGGCUUUUGUAGGAUUUCAGGAUGGACACGCAAAUAACAUCAUCCCAGCCCUGAUGGUCGCCGCCAACACCUUCUCUGCCAACAUCUUGUUCUCAGCCGGAUCCUGUCUACUGCUGCUCUGGCCAUUCCUGUGUGAAGCCCCCACCACUCGAAAAAAGAAAGGAAAGAAGGCGAGCAAAGAGGGAGAUACUGAAGACGAUGAUAUGCCUAUGAUGGAGAUGAGGCUCCGGGAGGAACCGGACAAGUUCUCUGUAGCUCUGCUGCAGCUUGGGACCAAGUAUCUCUUCAUUCAGGGAGUGCAGCUGCUGUCCUGCGUCUGUGCGGCCAUGAUACUCCGUCGCCAUCUCAUGGUCUGGAAAGUAUUUGCACCAAAGUUCUUGUUUGAAGGUUUGGGCUUUGCAGUCAGCAGCCUCUUCCUCCUCAUCGGGACGGCACUGGUUUUACGAGUUGACUUUGCGGUCAGUAACUGGUUCAAGAACCUUAUUAUCCAGCAGAACAGGUAGCGCUGGAGAACGUGGACUUGUCGACAAACUAGCAGAGACUCGGAAUUCACUCAGUGCCUCGAGGAUGGUUGUACCCACAUCUGCUUCUUCUGCACCCAGCAUUUAUUUCACCAUUUCGAAGACAUCAGUAUAAAAAUGUUGUACUAACAUCUGGGUGUUUCGCUCGUGGGCACAAGGGGAGCCUCGUCUGUGGUGACCCCUCCAUGCCGUGUAACUUUACGGUACAACCAAAGGGACGCAACCUAUAAAGGAUUCACUGUGCCAACCUGUAUGAACUGAAUAGUGUAUGUGUGGGUAAGAGGGCUUUUUAUUUUGGACAUGUGUAUUUGCCAAUUGCUGAGGGAAGAAAUUGCCAAGGAUUACAGAAUUUUUCAGGAUUUAAAAGAUCCUGGGUCACAUUUGUCACCUUCAUUCUUUGUUUGUUUCUGCAGAUAUUGACCCUGUAGAUCAGGCAUCCUCAAACUGCGUCCCUCCAGCUGUUGUAAAACUACAACUCCCACAAUGAUCUGCUGUAGGCUGUUCGGGCAUGCUGGGAGUUGUAGUUUUGCAACAGCUGGAGGGCCGCAGUUUGAGGAUGCCUGCUGUAGAUGAUAUGUUGGGAUUAUAUACUUCUUCAGGGUACAGUAGACCUUAUUUAGCCAUCAGCCCUGAAGCCUGAAAAAUCUUGUUUGGCUCAGCUGUGUUAUUUCAGUUUAAAAGGGGAGAUGAGCGUCUAACCGGCUGCUCUGGUGCCGCUUAUUGUCAAUACAUGACUGUUAAAAAUCAAA